CCAGUGCCCCGUCUCUCUGCCCCUCGCCCCCGCCAUGUCGUGCCGCUCCUUGAAGCAGGGCUCCAGAGGUGGCUUCAGCUCAUGCUCAGCUGUCCUCCCCCAGAUCAUCACCCACUAUGCAGUGAGCAAGGGGCCUUGCAGGGUCAGGGGUGGUGGCGGGGGUCUCCGUGCCCUGGGCUGCCUCGGCUCCCGGAGCCUGUGCAAUGUGGGCUUCGGGAGGCCCCGGGUCGCCUCCAGGUGUGGCCUGCCUGGCUUCGGGUACCGAGUGGGUGUCGCCUGCGGGCCUCCUGCCUGCAUCGCCCCCGUCACCAUCAAUGAGAGCCUGCUGGUCCCACUGGAGCUGGAGAUCGACCCGACUGUGCAGAGGGUGAAAAGGGACGAGAAGGAGCAGAUCAAGUGCCUCAAUAACCGCUUUGCGGCCUUCAUCAACAAGGUCCGGUUCCUGGAGCAGAAGAACAAGCUGCUGGAGACCAAGUGGAACUUCAUGCAGCAGCAGAGGUCCUUGCAGAACAACAUUGAGCCCAUCUUUGAGGCUUACAUCUGUACCCUUCGGAGGCAGCUGGACUCCUCGGCCGGGGACCGGGCCCGGCUGGAGUCAGAGCUCUGCAGCGUCCAGGAUGCACUGGAAGCCUACAAGAAAAAAUACGAAGAGGAGCUCUCCCUGCGGCCCUGUGCUGAGAAUGAGUUUGUUGCCUUGAAGAAGGAUGUAGACACGACUUUCCUGAUAAAGGCUGACCUGGAGACCAACGUGGAGGCUCUGAUCCAGGAGACUGACUUCCUGAGAAGCCUGUAUGAUGAGGAGAUCUGCCUGCUCCAGUCUCAGAUUUCAGAGACCUCGGUCGUUGUGAAGAUGGACAACAGCCGGGAACUGGACCUGGACGGCAUCAUCACUGAGGUCAAGGCCCAGUACGACGACAUCACCAGCCGCAGCAAAGCCCAAGCGGAGGCCUGGUACCAGCGCCGGUAUGAGGAGCUGCAGCGCACUGCCGGGAACCACGCGGACGACCUCCGCAACCGCAGGAACGAUAUCCUGGAAAUGAAAAAGCUGAUCCAGCGGCUGCAGCAAGACAUUGAGAAUGUCAAAGCCCAGCGCUGCAAACUGGAAGGCGCCAUAACCGAGGCGGAGAAGCAGGGCGAGGCAGCCCUCGAAGAUGCCAAGUGCAAGCUGGCGGGGCUGGAGGAGGCCCUGCAGAAGUCCAAGCAGGACAUGGCCUGCCUGCUCAGGGAGUACCAGGAGGUGAUGAACUCCAAGCUGGGCCUGGACAUCGAGAUUGCCACCUACCGGCGCCUGCUGGAGGGCGAGGAGCACAGGCUGUGUGAAGGCAUCGGGCCGGUGAAUAUCUCCGUGAGCAGCUCCAAAGGCGCCGUCCUCUACGAGCCAUGUGUGGUCAGCACACCCACGUACUGUCCAGGGGGCACCAGUCUCCUCAACAGUAGUGGGGGCUGUAGCGUCGUGGGCACCGGUGAACUCUACAUCCCCUGCGAGCCCCUGGGCUGUGGGAGCGGGCGGGGCUCUAGCCUGAAGCUAGGGGCUGGGGGCGGCUCCUCCUGCCACAAAUGUUAGUACAGCUCCAGAGGCUGGAAGCCCAAGGGGCAGGGCACCAGCCCCCAGCCUGGAUGUU